GCUGACGCGGAAAUCUAAACCCGCAGCGUUUUUUUUUUCCAACAACCGGCAUGUAAAUACUACUUUGUUGCGCUUUGCAUAGAUAACGCUAACUUUGAUUUAAUGUUAGGAACAGCUCAUUUAGAUGUGUCCCAACCUAGCAGCGCCUUAACAGUAGUUGAAAGCUCGCUUCAGCGUGUGUCCUGAUAUGAAAGUCUGCCUGAAUUGACCGUCUGAGAUGCUGUCCACCGGUCCAGAGCUGCGGCUGCUGCGGCUAUUGUUGUGUAUAACUGUUGUUUUACUUUUUCAAGUCUCUGAAGCCAAGAGGGAUUUAAAAAGCGCCUGUUCUACGUGCCAGGGAAUUACUGAUAACUUCAGCAAGGGCUAUGACAGAACGGCAAACCAAAAUUUUGGUGGAGGCAACACAGCCUGGGAGGAGAGAAAACUGUCAAAAUAUGAGACAAGUGAGAUCCGUCUGAUGGAGAUCAUAGAGGGGCUGUGUGAGAGCAGCAGCUUCGAGUGUAACCGCAUGUUAGAGGAGCACGAAGACCAUUUUGAGACUUGGUGGUUCAAGAGGAAAACCAAACAUCCUGAUCUGCAUAAAUGGUUCUGCAUUGAAACCAUCAAAGUGUGCUGUCCAAAGGGAACUUUUGGACCAGACUGCAAUGCCUGUGUGGGGGGUUCGGAAACACCCUGUCAUGGAAACGGACAUUGUGAUGGUGACGGGACUCGCGGAGGGAAUGGAAAGUGCAGCUGCGACCACGGAUACAAAGGGGAGUUCUGCCUAGACUGCAUCGACGGCUACUUCAACGAAGUGAGGAACGACACCUUCUCUCUUUGCACAGAAUGCCACUCCUCCUGUAAAACCUGCACUGGAGCGAGCAAUCAGGACUGUGAUGAGUGCAAAGAAGGCUGGGAGGAGGACGACCAGGAAGCUUGUGUUGAUGUAAACGAGUGCUCUAAAGAUCCUUCUCCGUGUAAUGAAGAUAAAUACUGCCUUAACUCAGAAGGCUCCUACUCCUGCAAGGCCUGUGACAAAGUGUGCUCCGGCUGCACCGGGGCCGGGCCUGAUAACUGCAAGGCUUGUGCCAGCGGGUAUCAAGACACAGAGGGCACCUGCACAGAUGUCGAUGAGUGUUCUCAGCCAGAGCCAGUAUGCACUGAGGAGCAUGAAGAGUGUGUCAACACUAAAGGCAGCCAUGUGUGCAUCUGCUCGAGUGGCUACGAGAAGCAGGAUGGGGAGUGCGUCCAAACGCAACAGCCAGAAAAAGAAGAAGAGUCCGAAGCAUCUGAGACGACCACAAAUCCACACAGGGAGCUUUGACGUACAAACUGGGAUCAGCGGGAGCAAAUUAGAGAGAUCCGUUGGAACUUCUGCACAUCUGAAGCCGCCCAUUUUUAAAUACACGCACUUAAUGUCCCAGCUGCACUUACUACCAACAAAAGCUGGCAAGACGGUGUUUUCCAGCGGCGGAUCAUGGAUUAAAGAGACUUUUUAUGCUCUCAGUAUGCUGGUUUUUGUUGCUUUUCUCUCAUGUGCUCAAACUACCACUUGUUGUCUUUAUUUGUUGUAUGGUUUUAAAAUCUAAGGUGUUUGAAUAAAAGUGAAUCAUGUUGAAUUUAAGAUAA